UACCGGCAGAGUGUGAUGGCAUUCUAUCCAAAACAUAAUCCGUUGGUUGAUCAAACGCCACACAACUCCACCGUUUCUAGUCAGACAUUCGCUACUGCGUUGGCUUUUCCGUUCAAAGAGACUACGGUAACGCAGUCUAGGUUAGACUUUAAACUCGCUCCCGUCUUUUAUAAGGUCUUCGACGAUCUGUGUCCACAUUUCGAAAGUUCGCCUGUUAGUUCACAUGUGCCGCAGGGCGCGUACUAUCGAUCCUUGUUCCAGUGCUGUGCGUUGUUGUUCUUCUUUGCAGAUAUGAUCUUGCCACUACCGCCCAGUAUGGAGACCUCUAUAUUGGAGCUGGUGAUUUUCACCGGGUUUUUGUACUGGCUCUGUCCCAGUUUCAUGAACUCCUUGCUUGAAAGAAUUGCAAGGAUGGUGGACAUAGUAACGAGUCGUAUGUUCGAGUCCUUCAACAGGUUUUCUCCUAGCAAAACUUCACAAACUGACUCAAUCAACAGCUAUGGCAAAACGAAGAGGUUUCUGAGAGAUCAGAAAUGUAGUAAAAAGGCGAUUUCGAGGGAGGCUGAUUCGAAGGUUAGAGAAGAACAAUUGGUGGAAGUUAAAGAAAAGGCGCCGAAUUUAUUUCUGUCAAGGCCAAGAUCCUUCUUGAGACUGGCAUGUAGGAACUGCACUUUCACUAGCCAUGAAUCUCUACUCAACAAAACAACAGAAAGGAUGGCUCUGCAGAACAUGUUCGUACGUCAUUAUCCUUACAACGGUUUUUUCGGGAGAUACCUCAGCGACGUCUACUACAAUUGGAAAGCUAAGAAGUUCGACUAUCCACUAGCCGAUGAUAGCCUCCUCGAAGAUGAAAGUGUGAUAAAUGCGAUCGAAUGCAUGACAAGAGAACAAAUUCAAGACACGCAGAAAGAAGGAGACGAGGAAUUCUACAGAAAACUGAAGAAAAACAAUACCGAUAGGGCUAAACAACUUCUGGAUAACAUGAAAUCCGGCUUAUGUGAUUACGUCUUAAGAUGCAGCAAUUGGUUCUUCCACAAGAUGUUCCCACUGUUCCUAAACUCUGUGCUUGUACAUCCUGGACAAAUAAGCAUGAUAAAGGAAGCUAGUAAAUCAGGUCUUCCCCUUAUAUUCUUACCCCUUCACCGGUCCCAUUUGGACUACUUACUUUUAACGUAUAUACUCUUCAAUCAUGGCAUCAAACCACCAAAAGUAGCAGCUGGAGAUAAUUUAAAACUUCCUUUCUUUGGGCGUGUUCUCAAGGGCCUUGGUGCUUUUUACAUCAAGAGAAGAAUCGACCCGAUCGAAGGACGCAAAGAUCACAUCUACAAAUCAAUAUUGCAGACCUACAUGAAACAUUCGAUGAAAAACGGCCAUAACAUCGAAUUCUAUAUAGAGGGAGGUCGUACGAGAACUGGUAAACCUCUAAUGCCCAAAUACGGAAUAUUCAGUGUGAUCGUAGAUUCAUUGAUGGAUGGAACAAUAGAAGAUGCUUUAUUGGUUCCUGUCAGUAUGAAUUACGAUAAAUUGGUUGAUGGCAACUUCACCAGAGAGCAGUUGGGUGAACCCAAGAAGAUGGAAAGUGUCUUAAGUACGAUCAAAUCAUUAUGGCAGUCUAUCAAUGGCGAUUUUGGUAUGGUGAAGGUGGACUUUAACCAACCUUGCUCCCUAAGAGAAAUGAUAAAGGCCUUAAAACCUGAUGUUGAACAGUCACCUAAAGAAAAGAAGAAACUUACCUCAACAUGUUCGACAUCUAGUAUAUAUGGUACUGACGUUGUAUCGAGUAGCAAUAAGAGUGUGAUUGAGAAUAUAUCAAGGCAUGUAGUCUACGACGCUUGUCAGUCAACAUCUGUGAUGGCUACAGAUGCUGUAGCCUUCUUACUACUCACUAGGUACAGAGAUGGAGUUUCCAUCGAAGAACUAGCAACAGCUUUAGAUGCAUUGAGAAAAGACUUGGACUUCGCCCAGAAAGAGUUAUCGUUCCAGGGUAACUCCAUCGAUGUCAUAAACUACGCUGUAGACAUGCUUGGACCCUCGUUAGUACAAAAGGAAAAAGUGGAAUCCCAAGAGAUGGUAAAGCCAAGAGUUGAAUUACCUAAUUCGAUAGAAUUGAGUUACUACAGCAAUACCUUGGUGCCACACUUUGCCCUAGAUUCAGUUAUCGCUCUCUCUAUCAGUUCCUUGGAAACAACUAGCGGUUAUGUUGACGCUGCUCAGUUGAUGGAAACUGCUCAAGAACUGUGUGAUAUACUACAGAACGAAUUUAUUUUCUGUAAACCCUGCCAAACGUUGGAAAACACAAUUCAGUGCUAUCUAGAAGACCUUAUCUAUAGGAAGAAUCUAUUCAUCAUGGAGGAACAAUCGGCUAUGCAAAUCAGGAGUAGGAGAAUAGCGGAACAGUUUGAUGACGAAGACUAUGUUCCUCACGAACUGCCUAAGUACCAACUUAACAACAGCCCCAAAGUACUUGAAUAUUUGGAAUAUUAUAGAGUUAUCAUACUUCCCAUUCUUGAAUGUUACGCUGUUAGUGCUCAAACUAUGAUAUCCCUCACAGAAAAAACCAUUCUGGAAGCAGAUCUCAUCAAAGAUAUUUUAGACAAUCUUCAGACGCAAUUGUUGAAUAAUUCAGUAUUAUAUAGUGAAUCGGUGUCUUCGGAUACAGUGAGGAAUGCUUUGAAAUUGUUUGUAUCUUGGGGGAUGUUGGACUGCCAUAAUGAGGGAAAGCUACGUUUAUACUAUUUCAAGGAACUCGAGGAUAAAGAAGGCGCAGCCAAAGAGUUUUAUAAUCUGAUUAACAAGUAUAGACCAAACACUAUGUGAUAUUAUUCAAGUUGAAUUUUAAAGCGAUAGCAAAUUUUUUAUACAAUUGUAAAUAUUAGGCUUAAUAGGGUAGUUUGUGAUAAGUCCAAAGAUCUUCUGAUUGAAGAUAAUAAACUAGCACAUUAUUGUUUUUUUGCAAAACAUCGGCAUUAUUUUAAAUGUCACUCUAUAGAUUGUAAGAUAAUCUGAAUAAAAUUCGGCUUAAUUAGUCAUCGAGAACAAAAAUUUGUAUGUCUGAAAGUUGAAUCUUGUUUUUGUUAUGUCCAUCUGAAAAAUAUAUUUAUUUUCUGAAUAAACAAUUUUUACACAA